UGCGCUCUGCCUGCGUGGGAUCGGACAGGGUUAAGGCUAUCACCUGCAGUCGAAGAGCGACCCAGAUGGAAAGUAGGAAGUGCGGCGCCGAGCUUCCUGUAUAAAUAAACGCUCUGACUGCUGCGCCCAAAGCUGCUGGCUGGUUCUGCAAGGUUCCUGCCUGUCAAGACAAGGAGGCGGAGAGGGACUCCUCCUCUUCCCGAGCUGUAGGUCUGGGCGUGGAGUCCUGUGGCAAUCCUGCACAAGUGUAAAGCUGUCAGGCAGGCAGAGCAUGCUGCGCUGCGAGAGGGGGAAGAGAAUGAGAGAGUCCCUCCUCCCCCGUGUGCCAGCUGCCCAGGCUGGCCCAGGCUGGACCUGCUAGAGAGAAGACAGCAGUCCGAGGACCUCCGCCCCAGCCAGGGACAGAGGAGGCUGAAGACAGGCUGAUGGGCUCCGUGGAUGGGCUCCAGUGUCUGACCAUGACUGCUGAAAACCCAGCCUCUGGAGAGCUGAUUCCUGCCCCCCUUGUCACUUGCAAGCUCUGCCUGUGUGAACAGUCUCUGGACAAGAUGACCAUGCUCCAAGAAUGCCAGUGCAUCUAUUGUACACCUUGCCUGAAACAGUACAUGGUGCUGUCGAUCCGAGAGGGAUGUGGGUCUCCUAUCACUUGUCCUGACAUGGUGUGCAUAAACCACGGGACCCUGAAGGAAACUGAGAUUGCCUGUCUGGUGCCUGUGGAUGAGUUUCAACUGUAUCAGCGGUUAAAGUUCGAACGAGAGGUUCACAUGGACCCUUUCCGAACAUGGUGCCCUGUGCCAGACUGCCAGACAGUGUGCCAUGUUGCAGCGGGAGACCCAGGCCAGCCCGUGCUGGUGGAGUGCCCUUCUUGCCACCUGAAAUUCUGCUCCUGUUGCAAGGAUGCUUGGCACGAGGGAUCCUCCUGUAAAGACAGUCAGUCGGCUGUGGCGGAGCACGGGGCCCUCUUCGGGACAGACGCAGAAGCCCCCAUCAAGCAAUGCCCGGUUUGCCGUAUUUUCAUUGAGCGCAAUGAGGGCUGUGCUCAGAUGAUGUGCAAGAGCUGCAAGCACACGUUCUGUUGGUACUGUCUGCAGAACCUGGACAAUGACAUAUUCCUCAGGCAUUAUGACAAAGGGCCAUGCAGGAAUAAGCUCGGCCACUCGAGAGCAUCGGUGAUGUGGAACCGAACACAGGUGGUAGGGAUCCUUGUGGGAUUAGGUGUCAUCGCCCUGGUGACUUCACCCCUGCUGCUUCUGGCUUCUCCAUGUAUAAUCUGCUGUGUCUGCAAGUCCUGUCGAGGCAAGAAGAAGAAGCACGAUCCAUCUACAACGUAAAGUCACCUGCGCACACAUCUGGGUUAUGUGAGACAGCACAGCGAUAAAGCCCCACUUAGCGACCUUGCCUCCUCCUCCUUGCCAAACUUUGGAAGUGCCUCUGUGUCCAGACUUUGAAGCCGCCUGCAAGCAUUCAGCGUUGGGAAAGGCCAAGUCUCAGGUGCGAGUGUUCCCGUGAAGCC